GUAGCUUAUAUUUACCCAUGAUUAGAAAGACAUGAAUUUUGUAAACUUGAUAUGUAAACUUUAUAUCACAAGGUUAAAUUAAAGUAGCAAAGAAUUUUGUUUGAUAUAUUUUCUUAUAUUUAAUCAGUUUGCUAUUUAUUUAAAUCGGCAAAUGUUAUCAUCUACAAAUGCUACUGAUAUGUGUGACCUUUAAAAUCAUAAUGUAAAACGUACUGGCGGUGCACCAAUAAUUGAUAAAGAAAAAAACGUUUGAACACGUAAAUUUAUGGAAUUCGAAUAUGAUAUUUACCUUCCAGGUUGAUUUAAAGUGACUUUGAGAAGAGAAACUGCAAAUAUAAAAGGGCCAUUUGUCAUGGCUACAAGGGGCUUGCUCGUCGGGGCGAUAGACUUCGGCACAACAUAUUCUGGCUGGGCUUUCUCCUUCCUGAAUGAUUUUCACUUGGAUCCUACUAAAGCGUCUGUCAAGCAAUGGUACUCUAGUGGAAUUCUAGUUACAGAAAAAGCACCAACGUGUUUGUUGAUAAAGUCAGAUGGAAAGACUCUUGAAGAGUUUGGAUAUGAUGCUGAAAACAAAUACAGGGAGCUUGCAGACAAUGAAAUGCACGAGGAGUAUUAUUACUUCAGAAGAUUUAAAAUGGCUCUAAAUAAAAAGCUUGGUGAGAAACUGGACCGCGGCAUGACAAUAGAAGAUGAGAUGGGAAAGUCGAUGAUUGCGUUAAACGUGUUUGCCAUUGCAAUCGAAUAUCUAGUAGGAGAUAUGAUGAAGAGUGUAAAUGAUACACUUAAAACUCCUUUAAAAAAAGAUGAUGUUCAUUGGGUGCUUACUGUUCCGGCAAUAUGGACAGAUGCUGCAAAACAAUUUAUGAGAGAGGCUGCGGUGCAGGCUGACCUUUUAACGAACAAAUUGACGAUUGCACUGGCGCCAGAAGUAGCAUCGAUAUUUUGCCGCCAUCUAUCGGUGGAUACAGCUAUUUCUGGUGGAAAUAUUUCAAUAGCGAAGAUGCCUGUCGGUACUAGAUACAUGGUUCUCGAUGCAGGAGGUGGAACAGUUGAUAUAACGGUACACGAGAUUGUUAAUGAAAACAGCGUAAAAGAGAUCCAAUCAGCAAGUGGUGGUGGGUGGGGAGGUAUACUAGUUGACAUGGUUUUUGAAAACCUGCUUAUUGAUCUAGCUGGACCCGAGGUUUAUAAAACCUUUAAACGUGAUGAGACAGACGACUGGCUUGAUAUUUGGUGCGAUUUUGAAGUAAAAAAGCGAUCAGUUGGACCGGAAAAUAACGCUCGGGUUAAUAUGAGAUUUCCUCUUUCGUUCAGCAAAACCUUUGAAGAAAUCACUAAAGGAAAUCUAAUGGAUGCCAUUAAAGCUUCAAAGUAUGCAAAGGAUAUUGAGUUUUGCGGAGACAAGAUAAAAAUUUCCGCAAGUCUCUUUAAAAGUCUUUUUGAACAUUCCAUCGGAAAAACUAUCAACCAUGUCACAAGUCUACUUCGAGAUGCAAAUGUAAGAAAGAUAAAAACAAUUUUGAUGGUAGGAGGAUAUUCUGAGUCUCCUAUGCUGCAACAUGCAAUUAAACAAGCGUUUACAGGACAAGAUGUUGUUAUACCAAUUGGUGCAUCUUCUAUUAUUCUUAGAGGAGCUUUAGUGUACGGACAUAGUCCGGUAUCCAUACGGGAAAGAGUCUUGAAGUACACAUACGGUGUUGAUUCACAUAAAUCAUUCAAAGAAGGGACUGAUCCAGAACAUUUGAAGGUUAUAGGUGCAAAUGGUGCACGAUGUAGAGUUUUCAGUAAACAUGUUGAAAAAGGACAAAUCGUCAAAUGUAAUGAACCGCAAGUUGAAAAGUCUUACAAGACAAGAAACAAAUUUCAAAGUGCAGUAGAUUUUGACAUUUUCGCCACAGAACAAUGUAACCCAAGAUAUACGACUGAAUGUACGCUUAUUGGAAAAUUGGAAAUUGAUCUUCCGGAACCAGAGGAGCAGCCUGGAAGAAGGAUCAAAGUGUCUAUGACGUUUAGUGGAACAGAGAUUAUCGUGAAAGCAGUCGAUGAGAAAACAGGCAAAAACUGGAGCGUUUUCAUCAACUUCCUUGGAUAAAUUUUAAUGCGUAUCUGCCAAUAGUUAUAUGUACAGUGUACUUAGUUUUUUUCUGCGUAAUGACUAGUUUUAUUUUAAAGAUAUUAUGAAGUAGUAAAUGAAAAUCGUUUUAAAAAAAUCUUGAUAAAGUUAGACCGGGAGAAAACUUUUGACUCAUUUAUGGGGAAUGGUCAAAUGCACAAAUUUGUAAAAAGAAUUCUUCGCAAUUAAAUAUAAUAAGGCUUCAUAAGUUAAAACAUAUAGUUUAUAUAUAACUAAUACAUGUAUGUUGCUUAUUUGUUAGAAAUAGUUGUUAUUGCGCACAUACAAAUCAAAAUGUGCUAAAUAACUAUACUAAUAUAAGGGCGGAUACGGGUGUGCAUACGAAUUUAAAGAGAGUGCGUAAUCACCUUAAAAUUAUAAUAAAUAAUAAUAGAGACUAUAGUGAGCAAUUUCACUAAACAUAAAGGAUAAGUGAAAAUGAUGUGCUAUAAGAUGGGUUAUAAACCACAUAUAGAAAAGUUCACUUGAAACGGAAAAAAAACAGAUAAAAUUUGGCCAGGGAAGCAUUCUCAAAUAUAAACACCCAAAAUGUUGUAUGAGAAAGAUAUAUUUAUCAUUUGUAUUGUUUUAAAACAUGCAGAUUUGAAUAAGUAAAGCGCAGAAAACCUGAACAGAAUUUAGUGUGUCAAAUCUCAGUAGAGCUGCGGAACGGUAUUCUGAGGGUCCCGGGUUCGACUCUUUGUCAGGCCUCACAUUUUUUCUCAUCCUAUGUUACAUGCAAGUUUAAACUUUCAGUAACUUUGUGAGAUCCGGGUGAUGUCACAGACAUUCAAUUAAUUCUUGAAUUGACAUAUUGACUUUCUCCCAUGCUUCUGGUCAAAUCAAACGCACGCGAACUUAUUUGGCGGCAAAUUACAAAAUAUCAAUAACAAUCAUAUAACAUUAUUUCCUCGUUAAACUCCAUAUACCAGGUUUUGAUAAAGUAGCCAUUCUCGAUAAUUGCUACACAGCUUC